AUGUACGGCAACAACUACGCCCAGCCACAGCAACAAUGGGGCCAAGCUCCCUACCAGGGAUACCAGCCGGGCUACCAGAACGGCCCUCCUCCCGUCAACUAUGGCCAGCACCCAUCCCAGGGCGGCCAGGGUGGCCAAUGGGGCGCCCCUCCCCAACAGCAACAGUAUGGAGGUCCCCCUCAAGGCCAAUUCAACGGAGGCGGUUACGGCGGACCACCCCAGCAGCAGCAGUGGAAUGGCGGGAACCAAGGUUUCAAUUCUCCUGCUCCCGGAAUGGGUGGCGGCUACGGUUCCGCUCCCCCACAAGGGCAGUAUGGCGCUCCCUCUCAGCCCCCUCAGCAGUUUGGCGCCCCUUCGCCUUAUGGGGGUGCUCCUCAGCAGCAAGGAGGUUUCACCCCCGGCCAACUCCAAGGACCCAUUUACUACCUCGGCGCACCUAUACCCGCACCUCCUCCUGCUGUCCCAACCAGCACCCUCUCGGGUUACAACGCUCAGUUCGAUGCAGAGCGGAUAAGAAAGGCCACCAAGGGAUUCGGAACGGACGAAAAGACAAUCAUCGACACUUUGGCGCCCCUUGACGCUUUCCAAAUGGAAGUCCUCUCCAGGACCUAUGAACAGACUGUUGGGCGUCCCCUGAAGACUACAUUGGAAAAGGAGCUCUCAGGAUGGCUCGAAUAUGUGCUCGUUCUCAUAUCUCUCGGUCCCCUCGCGGGUGAUGUGCACCUUUUACACCGUGCUUGCAAAGGUGCUGGAACCCACGAAGACCUUUUGAAUGAGAUCCUCCUUGGAAGGAGCAAUCAGGAGAUGUUUAUGCUCAAGGAGUUGUAUCAGAGGACACACCACAAAGACUUAGCACAGGUGGUCAGGGGAGAGCUGUCCAUGAAGACUGAGAGGCUUUUCAACAUGGCUCUCUCUGGCCAACGAGAUGAAUCGCCCUACCUCGACCACAAGCUCGUCCAACAAGACGUGCAAACUCUCUACCGAGCCGGACCAGGCAAGAUCGGAACCGAUGAAAUCGCCAUAUGCGGUAUCCUCUGCUCGCGCUCUCCUGCCCAUCUCCGAGCGGUAGCCCAAGCUUUCCCUAUGGCCCACCGCACCGAGCUCUCUAAAAUGAUCAAGUCUGAAUUCUCCGGGCAUAUGCAGGACGCCCUGUACUAUAUCGCUAGGGGUGCGGAGAUGGACGGGGAUGGGAUUGUGAGGGAUGUCGAGCUUUUGCAGGCUGCUAUGGCGGGUAUGGGCACGAAGGAUGAGAGGCUGUGCUACCGACUCGCUCGUGCCCACUGGAAUCGCCCGCGAUUCAACUCUAUCAAGAAUCAGUACCAGGGCUCGUACAACAAGUCUCUUCGACGAGCCGUGGAGGGCGAGACGACGGGCAAGUACGAAAAAGCGUUGGUGGCGAUCAUUGAGCAGAAUUAG